AUGGGAUUUCUGUCGUGGUAUUUGGGUAUGCUGGAUUCUCGUCCCAUUAUAACAAAAAGCAUAUCGUCUGCGCUCAUAUAUGCCGCCGCUGACAUCACUACUCAGAUGAUAACUAUGGAGCCAUAUAGUGCUUGGGAUACAAUAAGGACAUUAAGGAUGGCUGGAUAUGGGAUGAUUAUUUUGGGUCCAGCGCAGCAUAUGUGGUUUAAUUUUGUAGCAAGAGUAUUACCGAAGAGAGAUGUGAUUACUACCUUCAAGAAGCUAUUGAUGGGACAGAUUACUUAUGGUCCUGCUAUCACCGGUGCGUUCUUCGCUUUUAAUGCCGCUCUACAAGGUGAAAGUCGGAUUGAGAUUACUGCCAGAUUGAAGAGAGACCUACUCCCCACUUUGUUAAACGGUCUUCUAUAUUGGCCAAUUUGCGAUUUUUUCACAUACAAAGUCAUCGCUGUCCAUUUGCAGCCCUUGAUGAACAGUUCCUUUUCAUACUUGUGGACGAUAUAUUUGACCUACAUGGCGAGCUUAAAGAAGGCUGUUCUUCAACACCAAGGCAGAGAAGAAUGA